UUUUAUUUUUUUCAUUUUUUCUUCGUUGGCAAAUCAAAUUCAUCAGAACCUUUUGAUUUCGCCGCGUGACUCUUAUCUCCGUUGACGGCGAGUUAUUCUCAGGUCGGUCAAGAACCACCAGCGAUGUCGUUUCUGUUUCGUAAGAACGGUAGUAGUUCACGGAAGAAGAUCAAAGACAAACUCCGUGGUCGGAACUCAGAUCGAGGCGGGAGGAGAGAAGAAGAAAACAGAGUCAGACACGACGGCGGAUCCGAUUCGUUGCCUCCACCGCCGUCUCCUUGGGGUUUUCUCUUCCCGGAGGAUUUUGUUCGAAUCGACGGGAAUCUAAAAGCUGUUAUUGUAGAUGAAGAAGGUUUAGAUGUGAUUUACUGGAAAAAGCUUAUAGAGUUGGAAAAUAGCGGGAAAAUUAGGAAAAACCCUAAACCUAGAAGACGAGUUGACAAAUCCGGUGGCGGAUUUAGAACAACUGGAGUAGAUCAAGACGAUUAUGGUGAAAAUGAUGAUGAUGAUGAUGAUGAUGAUUCGAUUGGAGAUGCGUUUUCGUUUCCGGUGAGAAAUUCUCAAUCUUCUUCAGGUGAUGUUGGAGGAGGUAGACACUAUACUUCUUCUUCUGCUUCGCCGUCGCGUCCUUCUUCUUCUUCUGCAUCUGCUGCUUCGCCGUCAAGGACUUCGUAUUCUGCAAGUGAUUAUGGUGUUGGUGGCAAACAAUCUCAAUCUAAAUUUCAAGCUCCUGGCGGCGGCGGCUCGUUUCCCUCUUCGCCGUCGCGGGUUCAAAUCGGUGGUGGUGGCGGUCGUUCGCCGCCGCUUCCGCUUCCUCCUGGUCAGCUUGCGGCGGGAAAUGGGGCAUUUUCUACAUCGACACCGUCUGUUCCGCUUCCUCCGGGUCAAUUUGCGGCGGUGAAUGCGUCAUUGUCUUCAUCGACACCGUCUGUUCCGCUUCCUCCGGGUCAAUACACGGCGGUGAAUGCACAAUUGUCUACAUCGACACCGUUUGUUCCCCUUCCCCCGGGUCAAUAUACGACGGCAAAUGCUCCACCGCCUCCACCAACUGCUGGGGCUCCUCCUCCACCUCCACCGCCUAAAAAAGGACCUGCUCCGCCACCACCUCCACCUCCACCAUCUGCUGGGGCUCCACCUCCACCUCCACCACCUAAGAAAGGACCAGCGCCGCCACCACCUCCUCCACCAGGUAAGAAGGGAGCUGGACCACCACCACCGCCUCCAAUGUCGAAGACUGGGCCACCUAAACCACCGGGUAAUCCAAAAGCACCGACGAAGUCAGGUGAGGUUUCAUUGGCCGUAGGCAAAACUGAGGAUCCGGCUCAGCCGAAGCUCAAGCCUUUGCAUUGGGAUAAAGUUAACCCUGAUGCAAGCCGUUCAACAGUGUGGCAUCGGAUGGAUGGUGGCUCUUUCAACUUUGAUGGUGAUCUCAUGGAGGCACUGUUUGGAUAUGUUGGUGCUCGAAAACCGAGUGAAGCAAGCAGUGUACCUCAGAAUCCCACUGUGUCGACUACGCAGACUUACAUUCUUGAUCCUAGGAAAUCUCAGAACAAAGCAAUUGUGCUUAAAUCUUUGGGGAUGACUAAAGAGGAGAUCAUUGACUUGUUAACAGAAGGCCAUGAAGCUGAGUCUGAUACCCUUGAGAAACUUGCAGGAAUAGCACCAACUCCAGAAGAACAGACAGAGAUACUAGAGUUCAGUGGUGACCCGACGAAACUAGCUGAUGCAGAAUCUCUACUGUUUCACAUCUUGAAAGCAGUUCCAUCUGCGUUUAACCGGUUCAAUGUCAUGCUUUUCAAGAUUAACUAUGGCUCAGAGGUUGCUCAACAAAAAGGAUCUUUACAGACACUUGAAUCUGCAUGCAAUGAGCUUCGUGCUCGAGGGCUGUUCAUGAAGCUGCUAGAAGCAAUUUUGAAAGCAGGUAACAGAAUGAACGCUGGAACUGCUAGAGGAAAUGCACAGGCUUUCAAUCUGACAGCUUUAAGAAAAUUGUCUGAUGUGAAGAGUGUUGAUGGGAAAACUACUUUGCUUCACUUUGUUGUUGAAGAAGUUGUAAGGUCUGAGGGAAAGCGGGCUGCGAUGAAUAAGAACAUGUUCCCAAAUGAUAAUGCUAGUGGUGAGAAUGCAGAUGUAUCUAGAGACGAAUUAGAGAUUGAGUUUAUAAAGCUGGGUUUACCCAUUAUAGGUGGCCUAAGUUCAGAGUUCACCAAUGUGAAGAAAGCGGCUGGAAUCGAUUAUGACUCAUUUGUAGCCACGACCUUAGCUUUAGGCACCCGAGUGAAAGAAACAAAACGCCUUUUAGACCAAAGCAAAGGGAAGGAAGAUGGGUGUUUGACAAAGCUGAGAUCUUUCUUUGAAUCUGCAGAGGAGGAAAUGACAGUUAUGACAGAGGAACAGCUCAGGAUAAUGGAGUUAGUGAAGAAAACCACAAACUAUUACCAAGCUGGAGCAUUGAAAGAGAGGAACCUGUUUCAGCUGUUUGUUAUAAUCCGUGAUUUCUUAGGGAUGGUCGAUAAUGCCUGUAGUCAGAUCGCCAGGAAUCAACGGAAACCACAACAAAUACCUGCAACAACAGUAGCAGGAGCAGGAGCAGGAGCAUCAAGUUCAACAGCAGAAACAACAAGCGUUGCAGCUGCACCGCAAAGGAAUGCGGUUAGAUUUCCAAUUCUGCCUCCAAAUUUCAUGUCAGAGAGUUCAAGGUACAGUUCAAGUGAGUCAGACUCAGAUUCUUGAUAACCAAAAACCGAAAAAAGUUCAUAUUCACUUUUGUUAUUAUGUAUAUAGAUGUUAGGGGGAGCUUGUUGGUAAAAAAUUCGUUAGGUUCUUUGAUGCUGUUUCUUUGUUGAAUUUGUUGUUGAUUGGGUCCAAAGUUGAUUCUUUUUGGAAGGCGAAGAUUACAAACAGAAGAAAACCAUUACCAAAUUGGUCUUUGUUUGUAAUUCGUUUUGUUA